AUGGGACGACCCACAAAGAGAAUUGGACGAAUUCACAAAAACUUUGAGAAACGGCGUCAAGCUCUGAAAAAGAGACCGCCUGGUAGACCCAGGAAGAGGAGAAGAAAACAUACAGACACUGAGAAACAGACUGUCGUGGAGACUGCUGCCAUGGAAACUAUAGUGACUGUUACCAUAGAAACUAUAGAGACUGCUGCCAUGGAGACCAUAGAGACUGAGGAACAAAAUUCCAGUGAAUGUGUGGAACAAACCGUAUAUCAAACUGUCAGGGAUAACGAGGAGCAAACUGAGCAACAAACUGCCAGGGAUAACUUGGAACAAACUGAGCAACAAACUGCCAGGGAUAACGUGGAGAAAACAAUAGAUACUAAGGAACAGACUUCUAGGGAUAACGUGGAGCAAACUGAGCAACAAACUGAGCAACAAACUGAGCAACAAACUGCCAGGGAUAACGUGGAGCAAACUGAGCAACAAACUGAGCAACAAACUGCCAGGGAUAACGUGGAGCAAACUGAGCAACAAACUGAGCAACAAACUAAGGAACAAACUGCCAGGGAUGACGUGGAGCAAACUGAGCAACAAACUGCCAGGGAUGACGUGGAGCAAACUGAGCAACAAACUGCCAGGGAUGACGUGGAGCAAACUGAGCAACAAACUGCCAGGGAUGACGUGGAGCAAACUGAGCAACAAACUGCCAGGGAUAACGUGGAGGAAACUGAGCAACAGCAAACCACAGACAUGACUGAAUGUCAAGCAAGCCGUAGACUGAGACCGAGACUGAGACCGAGACUGAAACCAGGGAGAGAGAGAUCCCUAGUGACCAUAUGA